AUGGAUAACAUAAGUCUUUUAAAUACAUUAAAAUCUGAUGCUAGCGAGGUCGAGAGUCAAUCGGUUAUCAAUGAAAGCGGAAGCGAAAUUCGCCAACUUGGACAGACAGAGUUGAUGAGAAGCGUUUACGGCGGCAAUUUGUUUGAAACAGCUCGACAAAUUCGCAAAAAAUAUCGACUGUUUUCAAAUUUCCUGGACGAUGAGCCGCCCUCCUCGGGCGAAAGUAUGACAGAUUUUAUGUCAGCAUAUGCGCAACAAAAGGGUCAAUAUGAAUUAACUCCACAGCAGAUUGAGUGGUUUUAUCCUCAGUCAAAAUCCAACGAGAAUUUUGAUAUUCUGGACGAAGCGCUUUCGCCCAAUACGCGUGCUGAAGAAAAAUUUUUGCAAGAAUUGGUGCCGGAAAUAAUCCCACCUGACGAUUAUUUUGAACCCGAGGAAACGCAUGCGCUUCUUGGAGGCGACAGCCCCUUGAAUUACCCAAUCAAGCACUACAUAAAUCAAUCAUGGCGGCGCUACCCCUUACGAGUUGGCGCUGAUAGAAUGGGCCGUUAUUCAACUUUAUGCAACAAGUAUGUCAUUACAGUUUUACGCGAUCGCGACAUAGUUCAAUUGGUUCGUGAUUUGGUGCACAACUUUUCUGGUCUCUUGAGAGUUAGCGUGGACGCAUUUUACAGUACAAAAUCCACUGCAACUGUUUACAAUUGGGAAAAAGGUCAAGUUGAAACUACAACAAAAACUGGCAUUGUGUACGCAAACAUGUGGGGAUCUGUGAAUACGACUGAAUUUGUGCGAAACGAAAAAGACCUGGACGAUUUAUGCGCUGAGAUAACUCCUGCUGGAUUUGCUGAUGGUGUCCUGCGAAACACGUUUCACUCAAGGGAUGUGUUCUCGGAGAGCAAUGUUCGUGUGCAUAGAAUUCUGGCGUAUCAAAUCCUGCUAAGACAAUACCCUACUGCAUGGUUGUUUAAAUAA